UUUAUUGAAAGCAAUUUGUGCAAUGUGUGUGUGUGUAUGUGUAUACGUGUAGUGCGUUUGGAGCUUUAGUGACGAUAUGAUGCCAGGUUCUUCACUCCGUCAUAGACUACUGUUUAUUGUGACGGCGGUGCUCUUCUCGCCGCUUCUGACGUCUUGCCGUCUCGUCUCCGUAACGGCGAGCUCCGAUCCGUCUCCAUUCCCGUCCGGCUUCCUUUUCGGCACAGCUUCCUCGUCUUAUCAGUAUGAAGGAGGUUACUUGGCUGACGGUAAAGGUCUGAGUAACUGGGACGUUUUCACCCAUAAAUCUGACAAGAUAGAGGAUGGAAGUAAUGGAGAUGUUGCAGAUGAUCAGUACCACCAAUUUCAGGAAGACAUAGAUCUUAUGGCUUCUCUUGGGAUGAACAGCUACAAAUUCUCAAUUUCAUGGGCUAGAAUAUUACCAAAGGGAAGAUAUGGAAACAUAAACAUAGGUGGGAUCAACUACUAUAACAACCUCAUUGAUGCCCUGCUGCUAAAAGGCAUUCAACCAUUUGUCCUGUUGAAUCAUUUUGACAUCCCUCAAGAACUCGAGAACAGAUAUCAAUCAUGGCUAAGCCCCAAAAUGCAGGAAGACUUUGGAUAUUUUGCAGAUAUUUGCUUCAAAAACUUUGGAGAUAGGGUGAAGUACUGGGUUACCUUCAAUGAGCCAAAUAUGUAUGUUCCUUUGGGAUACCGCUCUGGUGAUUACCCACCAAAUCGUUGUUCCAAACCGUAUGGAAAUUGUACUCGAGGAGAUUCAGAAAGAGAGCCUUUCCUUGUCGGGCACAACAUUAUUCUAGCACAUGCAGCGGCUGUCAAUAUCUACAGGACCAAGUACCAGGAAGAACAAGGAGGCCAAAUAGGUUUUGCUGCACAUACAUUUUGGUUUGAACCAGUAAGCAACUCCACAGAAGACAAGUUAGCAGCAGAAAGAGGUCAAGCCUUCUUUUCAAACUGGUUCUUGGACCCAAUCAUAUAUGGGAGAUAUCCUAAAGAGAUGAAAGACAUUUUGGGAUCACUUUUACCAGAAUUCUCAUCAGAAGACUUGGAAAAGCUGAAAACAGGAUUGGAUUUUAUCGCAAUCAACCACUACACCAGUUUCUAUGUGCAGGACUGCAUGUAUUCUGCUUGUGGACCUGUAGACGGUAACACCAGAAUAGAAGGUUUCAUCGGAAAAAGUUCAAUCAAGAAUGGCAUUCCUAUUGGGGAAUCUACAGGGAUGGACAUACUCUAUGUUUACCCAGAAGGAAUGAAGAAAACAGUAACAUACUUGAAAGAACGAUACAACAAUACACCACUUUAUAUAGCAGAAAAUGGUUAUUGUGAGAUUAUUGAUUCACAAUCAAAGGAUGAAGAAUUGCUAUAUGAUAUCAAGCGUGUCAACUUCAUGACUGAGUAUAUAGAUGCCCUUUCAACUGCUAUGAGGGAAGGAGCGGAUGUAAGAGGGUAUUUUGCUUGGUCUUUGCUUGACAAUUUCGAGUGGUUGUAUGGCUACACAAAAAGGUUUGGGCUGUAUCAGGUUGAUCGCAGAACAUUAAAGAGAACUCCAAAAUUAUCAGCAACUUGGUACAAGCAGUUCAUUGCAGAACAAAAGAGAACUAUAACUCAAGUACAAAAGAUUAGCCCCAAACUUUACCAGUAGAGAAGCAGGGAUGUUCACAUCUUGGGUUAAAUUCUUGUAAUGCAGGAAGAGCACUUUAAUGAAUCUUUGAAGCAACAUGCAUAUACUAAGUGCUUAUACUACCAUUUUCUCAUUCUUAUAAAUUGGAAUUUACAUGCA